GUACCACGUCUGUGUGAUAGCCCUUGUCUACUUCAUGCCCCUGAUUGUGAUGGGGUUUACCUACACUGUUGUGGGCAGGACGCUGUGGGCCAGUGAGAUCCCAGGGGAUUCCUCGGACAGAUAUAGGGAGCAGCUCAAUUCCAAGAGGAAGGUGGUGAAGAUGAUGAUUGUAGUGGUGACUACCUUCGCUGUGUGCUGGCUUCCCUUUCACAUCUACUUCCUGCUUUCCCUCUUCCACCCUGAUAUCUACCUGGAGAAAUACAUCCAGCAAGUGUAUCUGGCCAUCUUCUGGCUCGCCAUGAGUUCCACAAUGUACAACCCCAUAAUCUACUGCUGUCUCAAUGAACGGUUCCGCGUUGGCUUCCGCCGUGCUUUCCGCUGGUGUCCGUUCAUCAAAGACACUGACUAUGAGGGUCUGGAGAUGAAGUCCACCAGGUAUUUUCAUACCCAGAGCAGUAUGUACAAGGUCAGCCGCAUGGAGACCACCGAGGUCAACCUAAAUGAUGAUGACACUGAGGAGAAUGAGAAGGCCGUACACUUGCCUCUGGACCUCUCCACCAAUGGGUCUGCACGCCACUCUUUAAAGGCUGGUUCCAACCCUACCGGCACCUACUGAAGACCAGAUCCCUACUAAGUGGUCAG